GUUGCCAUUUCCAAAAAAGGAGUGGGAUAAAGUAUACACCUAUUAAAUCCCCCUUUUCUAUGACUAGGCCACAACCUUAUCAUUAAUAAAACAUUGCUUCAUUGCUUCACCUGGUGAAGGCCUGGGUGAUUUCCCCUGCUGUUACUGUGUAUUUAGUCUGCACUGCAGACGCCUGAUCUCCAACUGACUUAAUGGCACACGUCCAGCUGCAGUGGAGAUAGCUCCAGCAGUAGGUCUUAGUACCACUUUCACAAAACAAAAACAUUAAAAUGAUUUUUUUUCUGCUUCCAUCUUGUUAAAUAAAUUCCUUUUUAAUCCUCAAAAAUUGGCAAAAUCUUCUUUUUCUUCUUCUCCUCUUCCUUUGUUUAUUCCAGCAGCAACACACUUGGUGAGACAUGGCAGGCCAUCAAAAAUCUCCUUGUUCCCACUCCACCUGUUCAAAAAACUAUUAAUCUGCUGCUGUCCAAUAAAAGGCUGGGCCCUCAGCGGGGAGCCAAUAGGAAGGCAUUAAAGCUGUGAGAACCAGGCCAAUCCCAGGCUGCAUUCUAAUGUGGCCCAUCUUUAUCAAGGUGCCUCUCCGUUUCCAGAUACGGCUUAUUUAUGAUUUCUGAGGAGGGACCUGCAGGAGGCAUGUGUCUGUUGUAGAGCAUCACCACACAGCUUUCUGCCUGGAGGGCUCGCCUGACACUUCAAAUAUGGAGUUAUCCCACUCCAAACUGUGGAUAAAAGCUGCGGGGUGUGUGUAACUUCGACAGAGUUCCCGGACUUUUAGGACUGCUGCUGCUAGUUAUUCCUGAGUUCUGGGGCGAAGCGUGCAGGUUCUAAAUCUGGAGAUCUCUUUCUUCAGCCUUCAGGUCUAGUCCGUUUUGGAUCUCACUGGAUGUGUUUCUGAUACUCAAGGAAAGAGUUAGAGUACUUCCCAUGGAUCCGAACAUCCAGGGGUCUUUCCUUUUCAACAACAGCCUGAACCAGUUCACCUCAGACCUCAAGGCACCGGUGUGCCAGUACUCAGUGCCCAACUCCUUCUACAAGCUCAGCCCGGGCCUCAACACCCAGCUGCAGCCGGGAACGCCUCACGGCAUCAGCGACAUUCUGAGCCGCUCCAUGGUUGGAGUCGGCUCCACUGGCACCACCACCCUGCUGUCCGGAUACUCCCCCAUGGGGGGUUUUGGCCCCUCCGUCAGCAGCACAUCCAUGUACUACAACCGAGAAUACAACCCGCCGCUGGGCGGUUUCUCCAAGACGGCAGCAGAGUGCCCGAUGAAGGGUCGCAGUGUGAGCUGCUGGGCAGAGAGCAGCUGCGACUGGAGAGGAGGGAGGCAGCAGUGCACCAACAGUGGAGGCCCUCUUGGGGAAAUUCCCAGCAGAAAGAAACACACCAGACCAACAUUUAGCGGUCAUCAGAUCUUUGCUCUGGAGAAAACCUUCGAGCAGACCAAGUACUUGGCCGGGCCGGAGAGAGCGAGGCUGGCCUACUCUCUGGGAAUGACUGAAUCACAAGUUAAGGUGUGGUUUCAGAACCGACGCACCAAGUGGAGGAAGAAGAGCUCCUUGGAGCCGAGCUCCACUCAGGCGAGCCUGCCAGGUCAGGGCGGGGAGGCCUCGGACAACGAGGUGGAGGACGAGGAGUACAACAAGCCCCUGGACCCCGACUCUGAUGACGAGAAGAUCCGGCUGCUGCUGCGUAAACACCGCAGGGCUUUCUCAGUCCUGCGCCUCGGGCCGCACCCCGUCUGACACGCGUCACACAGAACCCACACACACUUACACACUCCUCCUCUGCAACCAUGCAUGUAGUCAUAGAAACAUUUUCUUUUGCUUAUAAAAACUAACCAGUAAGCAUGUGCAAAAAAAACAAAAAAGGGCCUAACAGCACAAAAAAGGACAAAAUGUGAGUUUCAAAUGUUUGAAUAAUAAAGUGUCCUGCUGUCACAUGGGUAAACUGUCCUGUGUACCUGAUUUUUGAGACAUUCUGAGACAAAUCUGCAUUCAAUUACUGGUCAAGGUUUCUGCUUAUAUAUUUUUAAGAUGGUUUCAAAAUAAAAGCUGUAAAAUAUGUGGAAUAUGUUACAAAACACCUUAAUUUAAUUACCUACUCGAGAUUAAAGAAUAAAACUUACUUUUGCUUGUAAAAGAAAGGACAAAUCAGCCUCGUUCAGUCUAAAUAUUUGAGGGAAAAGAGAAAAACCUAAUCAAACAUAUUUGUGAUCAUCUGUGACCUGCAGGAUGCACAGCUUGGAUAAACCUUUACAGCUUUUCUUUUUAUUUUAGGGAAUACUCUCAAAACGUUUUAAAAGUACACAGUAAAACCUGAAAUUGUGUGAGAUGAUUGAUUGUUCUUUAUCAGACGUUUUUCACUGUAAAUAAACAAAACUAAUAAAACUAUACAACAUGUAA